AUGAGCGUUACCCUUGGCCCUGAAUCUCCAAGACGAUAUAGAAAAAGUGUCAGUGGGAUGUCUUUGUGGCUUGACGGCUUUAAGAGAAGUAAUGUUGUUUCUGUAUCUGGUAUACUUGAGUUUGCUUACAGGGAUUUGCAGAAGGCGACUCAGAAUUUCACAACAUUGGUUGGCCAGGGUGCAUAUGGUCCUGUGUACAAAGCUCAGAUGUCAACUGGUGAAAUAGUUGCUAUGAAGGUGAUGGCAACUGAUUCAAAGCAAGGGGAGCGAGAAUUUGAAACAGAGGUUAAGCUGUUAGGAAGGUUGCAUCACAGGAACCUCUUGAAUUUGCUUGGAUAUUGUACAGAGAAGGGAAAAAACAUGCUUAUAUAUGCGUAUAUGAGCAAUGGCAGCCUAGCUUCCCAUUUAUACAGCAGUUCCUCCUGUGAUACAUCGUGACAUUAAAUCUUCCAACAUUUUGUUGGAUCAGUCAAUGAAAGCUAGGUUAACUCUAGAGUUAGCUUGAAUCCUUCCCCUACAAUGGACAUCAAUGCUGCCAUCGGCAAUGAGGACACCAGCUUGGGUGGGGAAAUGGCAUUUGAUACUACAAAGACAAACACCAUUGCCACCAAUGUCACUGUGCUCUGCUCUGCAUCAGUUUUGCAUUCUUGCCGCCCUUGAAGUCCUGAGUUCUAUUAGUUUUUGUAUACUGUCAGACAGCAUAUGUUAGUGUGUAUAUGCCCAAAAAUAUAUAUGUUAGUGUUUAUAUGUCCAUUUUGUUUUAGUUUUUUAAAGUGUAAUAUUACAAGUUA